AUGUCUCCGGUACCAUUCCAGAUCAACGUUCCUGACGCGGAUAUAGAGCGUCUUCAUCAGAAGCUCGAUGCAGCAACCUUCCCUGAUGAGCUUGGCAGUGCCGGGUGGGAUAUGGGCGUUCCCUUGGAUUCCAUCAAGCGGUUGACGGCAUAUUGGCGAAGUGGCUUCGAUUGGCGAGAGCAGGAGACGAAGCUGAACACGCAGUUCAAGCAAUUCACUGUGCCUGUGCCAGUCGAUGGCUACGAUGACUUGGAGAUCCACUAUCUACAUCAUACCAGCCAAAUUCCGGGUGCUAUUCCAUUACUCUUCAUUCAUGGAUGGCCCGGAAGCUUCAUCGAAGCCACCAAGAUAAUUCCACUCCUAACCAGUGGCGAUGAUGGCAAACCAGCUUUCAGUGUGAUCGCUCCCUCAUUGCCCAACUUUGGCUUCUCUUCCCUUGUGAAAAAACGAGGUUUCGGCCUUAAGCAAUACGCCGAAGCCCUCCACAACCUCAUGACAAACCUAGGCUACAAAGAAUAUGUAAUCCAAGGUGGCGACUGGGGCAGCUUUAUCGCGCGCACAAUGGCUCAAAAAUAUCCAAAUCACACAAAAGCAAUCCACCUCAACUUUAUCCCUAUGCGCUUCCCCAUGCCCUGGCAAAACCCACUCUUCUUCCUCCAAAACCUCCUGCCAAUCCCCUUUUCCCCAGCCCGAAAGUCCUACUUAGGUUCCGUCUUCAACUACCUCACCAAGGGAAGCGGGUACAUGCUCCAGCAGUCGACCCGCCCCCAAACUCUAGGUUACGCACUGCACGAUAGUCCCGUUGCGCUGCUAUCCUGGAUCUACGAUAAAUUGCACUCGUGGACGGAUGGGUAUCCAUGGACGGACGACGAGAUCUUGACCUGGGUGAGUAUAUAUCUGUUCUCUGCUGCCGGGCCCGCGGCUUCGUUACGGAUCUACUAUGAGACCUCGGAGGACGGGACGUUGCAGGAGUCCAUUUCGAAGGCUGCGCCGGCGGGAGUCAAGGUUGGGGUUGCGCAGUUCAAGGAAGAGAUCAUGCGGUACCCGUUAUCGUGGACGAGCCUGUUGGGGGAUGUGGUAAGGGCUACAGAGUUUCCAACCGGUGGGCAUUUUGCGGCGUGGGAAGUACCGGAACUCUUGGUUGAUGAUUUGAGGGAGUUAUUUGGAAAGGAUGGGCAGGCUUAUGGCGUUGUUAAAGAGAAGGACGGGUUUGCGUAG